AUGGAUUAAAAGAAGGACAUUAUUCUCAAGAAAAUUGCUGAGAACGAGGAAACCACAAUUUAAAAGUUACCCCCUCAGAUUAGACUGGCCAUCCCUUUGAAACACAAAGUCCAAUGUGGUGGAGGCACAUUUGAAAUUUACACUCAUUAUGAGUUAUAGCGUAAUAUUGGAAAUGGAGCCUUUGGCUUUGUUUGUUCAGGGAAGGACAAAUUGAAUAACAUAGACGUCGCCAUCAAGAAAAUUGCAAUGGUUUUCAGAGAUUUGCUGGAUGCAAAAAAGGUGCUAAGAGAAAUAAAACUAUUGAAGUUCUUCGAUAAUCCCAACAUCGUUAAAUUGCUAGACAUCAUUAUCCCUGAUGAGUAGGACACCUACAAGGAUUUGUAUUUGGUGUUUCAACUAAUGCACCUGGAUUUGGAAAAAGUCAUUCAAUCUCCCUAACCUUUGACUGAUAAGAAGAUCAAUUGGUGCAUGUAUCAGAUCAUCAGUGGUUUAUAUUAUAUGCAUUCAGCCAACAUCAUCCAUAGAGAUCUCAAACCCAAUAACAUAUUUAUAAAUGCGAAUUGCCAUAUAAAAAUAGGGGAUUUGAAUUUAGCUCGAAAAUAAGUAUUAGAGAAUGCUUCAAUUCAAACUGAUUAUGUCGUACAGAGAUGGUAUCGAGCUCCUGAGGUUUUGCUGUCCUCCAGUGAAUAUACCAAAGCAAUAGACAUCUGGUCUUUGGGUUGCAUUUUGGGAGAACUAUUAGGCAGAACUAUUUUGUUUAAGGGCAUGCAUCAUUAAGAAUAAAUUGAAAAAAUAGUGGCAGUCCUUGGCAAACCCAAAUAGGAAGAUCUGCCUUAUGAAAUUGAUGAAUAGUCUACUGAAUUCCUAUAGCAAUUGCCAGAAAGAGAAGCCAUCAAAUGGGCAGACUUUUUUCCCUUCGCCUCUCCUCUGGCUCUGGAUUUGUUGGAACAUAUGUUAGUCUACAAUCCGAAUAAACGCUUUACAAUCUAACAGUGCAUCGAGCAUCCAUACUUUAAGCAACAAUACAUCGACCAUCCACCCCAGAUUUGCAAGGAAUCCUUCGAUUGGUCUUUCGAUGAUAUUGAACUUAAGGAACAAGCCUUGCGAAAAGCUCUGUAUUAAGAGGCACUUGAGUUCUUAAAGCCAAAAAAAUGA